AUGGGUCAAGGAUCUUCGAUGCCAGGUGGUGCAAACCCCAACAAGAAGAAAGAUGAUAAAAAGAAAGAGAAACCAAAGUAUGAGCCACCAGUGGAAUCCAAGUUUGGUAAAAAGAGAAGAAAGGGUCCAGAUACCGCAGUGAAAUUACCUACAGUGUAUCCAAACACAAGAUGUAAAUUGAAGUUAUUGAAGUUGGAAAGAAUCAAAGACCACUUGUUGUUAGAAGAGGAGUUGGUGUUCAACCAAGAGGCAGUACAACCAACAGAGGCGAGACAGGCAGAGGAAAGGGAAAAGAUUGAUGAAUUACGAGGUUACCCAAUGGCUAUCGGAACAUUGGAGGAGAUUAUCGACGAUGAUCACGCUAUUGUUUCCAGUACAGCAAGCUCGGAGUAUUAUGUUCCAAUCAUGUCCUUUGUUGAUAAAGGGUUAUUGGAGCCUGGAUGCUCAGUCUUGCUACAUCACAAGACUGUGGCUGUUGUUGGUGUGCUUCAAGACGAUGCUGACCCAAUGGUAUCGGUGAUGAAAUUGGACAAGUCGCCGACAGAAUCAUAUGCCGAUAUUGGUGGUUUGGAAUCACAGAUUCAAGAGAUUAAGGAAUCUGUUGAAUUACCAUUAACUCAUCCUGAAUUGUAUGAAGAAAUGGGUAUCAAGCCACCAAAGGGUGUUAUAUUGUAUGGUGCACCAGGUACCGGUAAAACACUUUUAGCCAAGGCAGUGGCGAACCUGACGUCAGCAACUUUCUUGAGAAUUGUAGGUUCAGAAUUGAUUCAAAAGUACUUGGGUGAUGGACCAAGGUUGUGUAGACAGAUCUUUCAAAUCGCAGCAGAACAUGCACCAUCAAUUGUCUUUAUAGAUGAAAUCGAUGCUAUUGGUACAAAGAGAUACGAGUCAACUUCAGGAGGAGAAAGAGAAAUUCAAAGAACCAUGUUGGAAUUGUUAAACCAAUUGGAUGGUUUCGAUGAUAGAGGCGACAUCAAGGUAAUCAUGGCCACGAAUAAAAUAGAGAGCCUUGAUCCAGCGUUAAUUAGACCUGGAAGAAUUGAUAGAAAGAUUCUUUUUGAAAAUCCAGAUGCUAAUACAAAGAAAAAGAUUCUUACCAUUCAUACAUCAAAGAUGAAUUUGGCAGAAGAUGUCAAUUUGGAUGAGAUUGUUACAGGAAAAGAUGAUUUAUCAGGUGCUGACAUUAAGGCAAUUUGUACCGAGGCUGGUCUUUUGGCAUUAAGGGAAAGACGAAUGCAAGUCAAGGCGGAUGAUUUCAAAGCUGCUAAGGAACGUGUCUUGAAGAAUAAGGUAGAGGAGAAUUUGGAAGGUUUAUACUUGUAA